UCCUUUCUGUGACAUUCGUGGUGAAACUGUUGUGGGGUUUGAACUGAUGAGAGCUGAACAGCAGUAGUAAUGUGCUUCCUUGCAUUUUGCUAUGCCUGUUUGGCUGAAUAAGGGAUAGCUAUAUACUAAAGUAUGAGGAGAAGUGUGGGAGUGUAAGUCCUUGAUGCUGUUGACUUCAAAGUGUUGCUGACACAGAUGUCAUUUCCGGUAAAGGUGGAUAGUAUUGCUCAUGUGGCUGUGCAGCUUUUUAAUAGCAUUGUACAAGUCUGAUUGAAGUCAAUGAAAAGACUCCCACUGACUCCAGUGAUAGCUGUCUCAGGCCUUAAAUGAAGCCUCCCUGUGGGUAGUUAUUGGCAGUUGUUCUUCUGCUUCUGAAGUCCCUCUUAUGCAGAAUACCAUAGGGCAUUAUUUUGCCAUCCUUUGUGUUGAAUGUAUAUGAAGCAAUUAGAAGUCCUGUUUAGCUCUCCUCAGCUUGAAAUGGUGCUACAGUAAUAUAAAUAAUAAUUAAUUAAUAAAUGGUGAAGAAUACUCAUGGCCCCAAAAGUGCCUCUGCCAUCGUGUUUCCCCACUAAAGAAAACAUUAAUGACUUAGCAGACACACCAAAACUGGCCAUAAAUGAAAAUAAGACAUGUGCAAUAGUGUCAAAUAAUUUCAUUGUGGUAGCGGAAAUCUGUUUGUUGUGGGAGAUUUUCAAAGGAACAAAUGGGAGAGUUAGGCUUAACUGUCCUGUAUGCCUUUGAAAAUCUUCCCUAUUAUUAUUAUUGUCGGUUUUUAUUAUUUAUAUUGUGGUAGCAUGUAGAGGCCUUAGCCAGGUCAGGGCCCCAUUGUACUGGGCACUGUACAUAGUAAAUAGCAGUCAGCCCAAAGAGUAUACAAUCUAAAAGACAGGGUGUGAAGUGGAUGAAACAAGUGUAUACGAGGGCAUGGUAACAAAAAUAGGCUAUUUUAGCACAGACUUGCUGCGUGCACAGCUGAUAGCCAAUGAAUUCCGAUAAUCUCUACCACAGCCUGCCUAACCAUCAGAUGGCAGUUUUCUGUAUACGUAGAGCAGAGGGAAGAUAGUCUCACUUCUUAAUAGAUUAUUCUUCAAAAUAUUAUAGUGCAUAUGGAGCGCACAUUUAGUUUUCUUGUGUCUUGGAAUUUUCUUUGUCAGUUAUCCAUCUUCUUGUAUUCUGCCCUGUUAUAAAACACCCAUGAUUACCUUUUCAGUGAUAUUUUUUGAAAGUAGCCGUGAAUCCUGUUACAGGAGCUUUAGUCCGUCAUUACUUGAAAGAUCAGUAAAUACACCAAAUUAUUACAGCUAAAAAAGAAAGUUUUCUAAUCUUUAGGGAACAACAGUUGUGCGGAAUAACCACCUGUUCCUCUCACAGUCGGUACUAACAUUUAGCAAUCUUCCUUUUGUUUUAAAUGUUACAGCACCAAGAUUCUAGGAAAUGAAGAAAACAAGCAGUCAAUGCAAUUGAAAUGUUCAGAAAAUUUGAAGCAUCCUAACAUGGUGUGGGAAGUGAAGACGAAUCAAAUGCCUAAUGCAGUACAGAAACUCCUGUUUGUAGUGGACAAGAGAACUUCAGGGAUGAGUGAGUCAUUGGAGUUACUGAAAUGUAAUGAGAACCUGCCAUCUUCUCCUGGAUAUGCAUCCUGUGAUGAGCACAUGGAGCUUGAUGAUCUUCCUGAACUACAGGCUGUUCAGACCGAUUCUACCCCAACUGCGCUCUUUCAGCUUGGUACAGAUGUUUCACAUCAAGAAUAUUCAGGGCCUUCAUGGAACCAGCAUACCUCAAAUAACAAUUCAGAAAGUGCUUAUUCUUGUGAGAAUGGGGUGAACUGGUUGACAGAACUGGCAAACAUAGCCACUAGUCCACAGAGUCCUCUCAUGCAGUGUUCUUUUUAUAAUAGAUCAUCUCCUGUUCAUAUAAUAGCAACAAGCAAAAGUUUACAUUCCUAUGCACGUCCUCCACCAGGAUCCUCAAAGAGUGAUUCUAGCUUCUCUAAGCAUCACUUAGAUGAAACACCAGUCAGACAUGAAAGGGCAAGUAGUGAAUCAGAGUCUGGUAUUUUCUGCAUGUCGUCGCUUUCAGAUGACGAUGAUCUAGGAUGGUGCCACUCUUGGCCCUCAACUGUUUGGCACUGUUUUUUAAAAGGCACACGUUUAUGUUUUCACAAAGGACACAACAAAGACUGGCAGACAGUUGAACAUUUUGUUACAGCUGAAGGCUGUGAAAAAGAGGACGAUCUCCUAAUGGGAACUUACAAGGACUAUGGUUCUGAUGGUUUGAAGUUGAUAUCUCACGAAGAAAGUAUUUCAUUUGGUGAGUCAGUAUUGAAGUUGACAUUUGAUCCUGGUACAGUGGAAGAUGGCUUACUCACCGUAGAGUGCAGAUUGGAUCACCCAUUUUAUGUUAAAAAUAAAGGUUGGUCGUCUUUCUAUCCAAGCUUGACUGUGGUUCAGCAUGGCAUUCCAUGCUGUGAAAUGCAUAUUGGAGAUCUGUGUCUACCUCCAGGACACCCCGAUGCCAUUAACUUUGAUGAUUCAGGUGUUUUUGAUACGUUUAAAAGUUAUGAUUUUACACCAAUGGAUUCUUCUGCGGUUUAUGUAUUAAGCAGCAUGGCUCGUCAGCGUCGCGCUUCUUUAUCUUGUGGAGGAUCGGGCAGUCAAGACUUUGAGAGAUCAGAAUGCAGUAAAAACUGUGUGCCUGAUGGAUCAUCACAGCUUUCCUCCAGUUCUUUGUGUAGUAAAGCUGGCAAAAGCCACAGCUCAGGGACUGCAAGUACUAUGAGUGCCACUUCUCCUAACAAAUGCAAAAGACCAAUGAAUGCCUUCAUGCUUUUUGCCAAAAAGUACAGAGUCGAAUAUACUCAGAUGUAUCCAGGGAAAGAUAACAGAGCCAUAAGUGUGAUACUUGGUGACAGGUGGAAGAAAAUGAAAAAUGAAGAAAGACGGAUGUACACGCUAGAAGCCAAGGCUUUGGCUGAAGAACAAAAACGUUUAAAUCCUGACUGUUGGAAACGGAAACGAACAAAUUCAGGCUCACAACAACAUUAAAUCAGAAUUUUACUGUUAACUAUAUUUACAAAACGGCUGACACUUGAUGGAGAGAUUUAUGAAGAUCAAGGUCUUACCAUUUGUUGUGAAUUUGUGAGACCACAAAAUGCUGGCAUUAUCAAGUCAGAAAAUGAUUUAACAUGAGUGAGGAUUUGCUUUUUACAAUAGAGCAUUCAGUAACCUAAAACUAUCAACAUUUUAAACCAAAUUGCCUUAUUUUUCUUCCAAACUUCAUAUAUGUCUAUCAGGUAAUAUAGGCUUGAAAAUGGAUAUCCUGUGGUGCUAAGUAAAUUAGGAAAAAGAAGAGGAGGUGUGUAUAAAUGUGUUUUUUUUAAAUGUACAAAAAGGGGAAUUUUAAAAUAUGUAACAGCUGUUUAUACAUUGAUUUCUAUUGCUGAUUAAUAUGUAUUGCACAAGCCAUAUAAUUUGAUUCUGGGAGCUGGGAUUUCCUGAAAUGGCAAAAAGCAUUAGUACCAACCUGUGAACUCCCAGUCUGCCCCAUGCCAACAAGCUACCAGAUUGUGGUAAGUGGACAGUGUAGUGUACCGUAGCAAGAGAGUUGCCUAGUGGGGUGCCACAUGUAAAAUUUAUAUCCAGGGUGUGAUGUUUUUGCACCAGCUGACAAUACUGUGAGCUAUUAUUUCCAAUGGAAAUAAUGGCUUGGGUCAGGAUGAAAUGAAUUAAUAGCAUUGCAUUAUCUCAAGAAAAUAUUGCAAAUGAUAAUUGUCACCAUUGUACUUCUAACUUUGUGUUUUGUCUCCUCUGCCACAUAUUCUAUGAUUAUAUUUUAUUUUGCCAUAAUAUAUGUUUAUGGUGGGGGCAAACUUUGCACUUACAUAGGUGCAACACUUGCACUUUACUUUUUUCCUCCAACUGUCUAAAAUCAGACCAGAUACAUUAGAAUUACAGCUGCUUUUGCUGUAAACUUUUACAAUCAUGGCUUUCAUGUUACUAAACACGCAGUGUGUUUCUUUUUCAAGAAUCACAACUGUAAAUUAAUUGUUCAUGACAUGUCUACAGGAUGUUGCCCCUAAGAUUUUUGCACACUAUAUUCUUGUAUAUUAUUUCAAAUAAAUUUGUAAAACUUC